AUGUCGGCCCUCAAGAGCUUCAAGCUGACCAACCGGUCUCCCAAGGCUCCCAUCAAGAAGCUGCCGAGCUCCGUUGAUCUCACUGCCGAUGCUACCGUCGAAGACCUCAAAAUCCUAAUUGCCAAAGCCGUGGGCAUCAGCGACCACAACCGUAUCGGUAUCUAUGAUCCUACCACCAAGAAAACGCUCAAGGACCGCAAGGCUCGCUUGAGUGAGGAGUCCGGCGUGGCCGCCGCACACGAGGUCCUGGUUAAGGACAUGGGGCCCCAGAUCGCCUGGAAGACCGUCUUCGUGAUCGAGUACCUCGGACCGAUCAUCAUCCACGCCCUCGCGCUUGCCCUCCGCCCUUACCUGUACAAGGGAGCCCCGGAACCCCUCGAUUUAUCCCCCACCCAGUGGCUCGGCUUCGCCAUGUUCCAGCUGCACUUCCUGAAGCGCGAGUUCGAGACCCUUUUCGUGCAUAAAUUUUCCGCCAACACGAUGCCCGUCUUCAACGUCUUCAAGAACAGUAUCUUUUACUGGGCCCUGUCGGGUGUGCUGUGUGCCUACAACAUAUACAGCCCUUCUUCACUGGCGGCCAAGGCCGACCAGCCCCUCAUUGACUACAUUGGUGUGGCCAUCUUCUUGAUUAGUGAGACGAUGAAUGCGACGGUGCACUGGUACUUGUCCAGCCUGCGUUCUGCCGGAGGCACGGAGCGCAAGAUCCCAGUCGGAUACGGCUUUGGAAUUGUCACUUGCCCAAAUUACAUGUACGAGAUCCUCUCAUGGGUGGGCGUCAUUCUUGCCACCAGAGACUGGUCGGUGGUGGUAUUCAUCGCUAGCGGCGCGGCUCAGAUGGGACCCUGGGGCAAGGGCAAGGAGAAGGCGUAUAGGAAGGAGUUUGGGGAUCGCUACAAGAAGAAGCGCUACGUGAUGCUUCCGGGUAUCUACUAA